AACCUGUGCCUAAAUUGUGAGAAAACUUACAGUUUGACAGUCCCGCGGGCUGUGCAAGUGCGGGAUCACACUUAUUUGACUGCCGCCGCCCAAGGCCAUGGUGCACGUCAACCCGGUGCAGGUGAUCGUCGACCCCAUCACCGUGCUGUGGCUGAACGCCUUCGCGUGCAACCUGACCAAGUCGCUGUCGACGGCCGGCUCGGCGCCGGCGCCGUACAUCGACCUGCGCCUGGAGGCCAUCAUGCCGCGCCUGGUGCUGGAGACGACGCACGACUACCCGCUGCAGCGCGACCGACCGAGCACGCUCCAGCUGCAGACGACCCGCCUGCUCGUCUGCAACUACCGCUCGCCCGACCCUACUGCGCCCGGGUCGCUGGCCGGCCUGACCAAGUGCCUAGAGCGGCUGCAGGCCGGCGAGAUGGCGUUCGGCUCCGACUUCCCGGCCCGCGACGGUGAUCUGCAGAUGGUGCCCGACCGGCUGGUGCAGCACACACUCGGUAAGGACCACGUGCAGCCGGCGCCGGCGGACGUGGUCGCCUCGGUGCCGGACUUCCGACGGGACCUGCCCGGCCGCCUGCUCUGGGAGGAGCCGCGCGACGUCGUCUUCAUCCACAUGGACCCAUUCUGGGGCGACUUUUUCGGCACGUCGGCCGUGCGCCACCGGCCGGUGCCGUUCAUCGACGCCAUUCCCGUCUCCAUGUGGGUGUACCAGAACCGCAACAAGGUGGCCAGCGUCAGCGACGGCCGUGUCAGCGAUCUCACCAUGGUGCUGCACGUGCCGAGCCUGAUCAGCCUGCAGCUGAACCACUUCCAGUACCUGUUCCUGCUGCGCCAGCUGGAGCGGCUGUCGGAGAUGUCGGCGCUGCUGACGCUGGACGCCGAGCGGCUGCUGGGCGCGGCCGGCGCCGGCAGCCAGUGUGUCAGCGCCGCGUUGCCCCAGCUCGACAUCAGCCUGCUCAUGCCCUGCCUGCUCUCCAGCAAGGACUCGUCCGGCGGCGACCUGUCCGUCUUUCCCGACUCGUCCAGCGUCACCAGCUUCCAGGAGGCGGGCCUGCUGCCGACGCGCGUCGACUCGCUCUCGGAGCCGCUGGCCGAGCUGGGCGCCGGUCUGAGCCAGGUGAAGCGCGGCCUCAAUAGUUUCCUGUCGUCGUUGGACUCGGCGCUCAAGAGCCCCGACGACCAGAGCGACACCAUGUCGGUCAUGUCGGACAUGUCGUCCGACUCGGACAGCUACGUGCUGCUCAACCUCGAGCUCGACAAGUCGGAGUCCGUGGACCCGCUGUUCGUGGUAGAGGGGGCGCUGAAGCGGGUGCCGUCGGUGGAGAUCGCCAGCGAGGUGACUGAGGACACACACAGCGAGGUGUCGCUCUCCUCUGCCAUGCGGAAGCGGGACGUGAUCUCAGCUCUGACGCUGCGGCUGGGCCGCGUGGAGCUGGUGCACCAGGGAGCCGGCUUGAGCUCCUCCCUGAAGCUGAACAUGCGCCACUUCGCGGCCGAACAGUGCGCCGCCAUCGGCUGGGACGAGUUCCAAGCCAAGUUCCAGCUGCGCACCAAGGGCUGGCAGGGCCUGGAUGUGUCCAGUCCGCCCUGCAGCGUCCGGCUGCGCAUGGACAGCACGUUCGUCCCCGUGGCCAACCAGCGGCAGCACAGGAUCAACAUCCGAGAGCAGGUGAGCAGCGAGCUGGAGGUGCGUGCCAGCGAGCUGGAGCUGGCUCUGCUGAUGAGCACCGUCACCAACCUGACCGACUUCAUCGAAGACGAGAUCCUGCCCGUGCCACUGCCGAUGGAGCUGUACCUGGAACAUAUCAAGCUUCGUCUCACAGAAGACCGGCCGCCCAACAACAUCACGAGCCCGGGCGUGGUGCCGCUCGACCUGCGCCUGCCGGCCGUGCACGUCACGAGGGACGGCGCCGGUGUGUUCACCGUCCAGCAGCCGACGCCAGGUGGCGCUGGCGCCGGCACCGGUCCCUCCGGCUCCCGCUCGCUGGUGGACGUCGCCAGCUCGUUCAACAACCCUGCGUCAGGCUCGGAGGGCGAGCUGGGCCGGCUGCGGCGGCGCUGCCAGCUGCUGGAGGACCAGCUGGAGCAGCGGCGCGGUUCCGAGCAGCGGCUGAGCCAGCUGACCGCGCUGGAGGCCAGGUGUCGGGAGGCAGAAGACGAGGUGCUGGGCCUCCGUGAGGAGAAGGAGGUGCUGAUGAAGACGCUGAGCUACCUCAAGCAGGAGUUCCUGCGGCUGGACACGGCGCACAGCCGACGAACCGACGCCAAGUAGCGCCGACUGUCCGCCCGGCCGCCGCCCCCGGCGACCCCCACAGGGGCGCGGGCCGCGCCUGCCCGGCCCGCGUCCGGCCAGUCAUCUCAUCGCCUGCCGUCUCCGCAGCCGCCCGCUGUCGGGCUAGUGUUCAACGCUGCGGAGGCGGCCCCUGUUUUUGUAGCGCGUUUGCCCUUGUGAUAUGUUGGCCCGCCCUCUGUCGGGCGCGGCCCGUCGUCACGCGAGUCUGUUCGGCGGCCAGUCGGCGAACCUCGCGCUGCGUUACGUCGGUGCAAUAUGCUUUUAUCAAUACUUGAUCACGCUACGUUCAACUUCCGUCUUCCACGGGCGCGCUCUACGCGGGACUGGGUUCGGCGGCGGCGCUGGACGCAGCCGGCCGCCGUUCGGCUCCCCUUCUGUGAUAUAUUGUUGCGUUUGUUGGCGCCGUUGCCUGUCCGCGGAGCCGGCGGCUGCCCGGCCGCGGGCGCACCGCCGUGCUGGGGCGACACUCCGAGGGCGGCCGUCUGUCGACAGCUGCCGGGCGGCCGCUGUGGUCUCACGCCGCCGCCGGCAGCCGCUGUGGUCUCACGUCGCCGCCGGCCCUCGCCGGCCCCACCGCACCUAUGCAACGUGGAUUGUUGUCGCACCUGCACUGGUCCGCUACCGUACGCUGUUUAACGCUUGAUAUUUGUACACUGUGCCUGCAUUCAUAUCACAGUGUUGGUUCGUAGUGUGUCGCGUAUUUAUCCAUUAUCGAAUAAAGUGUGUUUA